CUUAGUGUAGUGAACUGAUGAAAGCUGUGUCUCAGAUGUUAGUCCACCACAUCAGACGUGACCUCUGCAGCUCUCAGUUGAUGUGCACGUUUGUGUUUCCUCUGCAGGUGAAGGUAGAAAGUGUGUGUGAGCUGAUGUGAAUUCAGCAGCAUGGAUCAGUGUGAGGACAAAGAGGAGGGAGUCGAUCCCUCUAAAACCACUCUGUGUGGGGAACAUGAGAGCCAGACAGACGAGUCGAAGGGCGAUGGUUGUCCUCCUGCAAAGAGGUCAAAGAUGGAGGCGUCAGUUGAGGAACAGCUCCUGAGCAUGCUGGAUGAUUUAAGAAAAAAGGAGCUGAAACGUUUCCACUGGUACCUGCGGAAGGGAGGUGAUUUCACGCCCAUCAAAACCUGCCUCCUGGAGGAAGCAAGCAGAACGAGAACAGUGGAUCUCAUGGUGGAAACAUAUACUACUGACCAUGUGAUGGAGGUGGCGAGGUUGAUUUUAAAGAAGAUUAAAGAAGGAACUCCCUCAGCCCAGGAACCCUCAUCACUUUCAUCAGAAAAGACUCUUCAGAGGUGUCAACUUAAACACAAGUCUAAGCUGAACUAUGAGUUCCAGUGUGUGUUUGAGGGCAUCGCUAAACCAGGAAACCCAACCCUUCUGAAUGAGAUCUACACAGAGCUCUACAUCACAGAGGGGGGGACUGCAGAGGUCAAUGAUGAACAUGAGGUCAGACAGAUUGAAACAGCAUCCAGGAAAACAAAAAAAACAGAAACAACAAUCAGACAAGAAGACAUCUUUAAACUCCCACCUGGAAGAGAUGAACCAAUCAGAACAGUGCUGACAAAGGGAGUGGCUGGCAUUGGGAAAACAAUCUUAACACAGAAAUACACCCUGGACUGGGCUGAAGACAAAGCCAACCAGGACAUCCAGUUCAUA